GGGCGGGCGAGCGGUGUCUGUCAGGGCUUCGGCCGUACGCCCCCCACUGCCGUCCCCUCCCCCGCGGCCGCGUCGUUGCCACCUUUCGCUUGCCUUGAGAGGGGACAGGUGACGGCCGGGGCUCUGGGUGGCUGGCGGCUUGGCCUCCGGGCAUCUGUCCUCAGCCGCCUCUCUGAGCCAGCCUCGGUCCUCGAGCGGGUCCCGGCCGCGGGAAGAUGGCGGCCGCACCCCGCGGCGCCUGCGAGCAGCGGCGCCUGGGCUGUGGGUCGGGACCCCUCGCGCGGCCGCUCGUCCUUGCGCAGGCGCUGCUGCUGCUGCUGCUGCUGCUGCCCGCCGCCCGGGCCGGCCUGUGCCCGGCGCCCUGCGCCUGCCGCCUUCCUCUGCUGGACUGCAGUCGCAGGAAGCUGCCCGCGCCCAGCUGGAGGGCACUGUCAGGCCCGCUGCCCCCCGACACCUCCAGCCUAGAUUUGAGUCAUAACCGGUUGUCUAACUGGAACAUCAGCUUGGAAUCACAAACUUUACAAGAAGUGAAAAUGAAUUAUAAUGAGCUAACAGAGAUCCCAUAUUUUGGAGAACCAACACCUAAUAUUACUCUACUUUCUUUAGUCCAUAAUCUCAUAUCAGAAAUAAAUGCGGAUGCAUUCCAGCUUUACUCUGCUCUCGAGAGUUUAGACCUCAGUUCCAAUAUAAUAUCAGAGAUCAAGACAUCUUCAUUUCCUCAAAUGUCGCUGAAGUACCUGAAUUUGAGUAAUAAUAGGAUAACCACCUUGGAGGCCGGUUGCUUUGACAACUUAUCAGGUUCUUUAUUAGUGGUAAAAUUAAACCGGAACCGAAUUAGCAUGAUUCCACCUAAAGUCUUCAAGCUGCCUCAUCUCCAGUUCUUGGAACUGAAAAGAAACAGGAUUAAAAUUGUAGAAGGCCUUACCUUCCAAGGGCUUGAUUCCUUACGCUCACUGAAAAUGCAACGGAAUGGAAUUAGCAAACUCAAAGAUGGAGCAUUUUUUGGCUUGAAUAAUAUGGAAGAAUUAGAGCUGGAACAUAAUAACCUCACAGGAGUGAACAAAGGGUGGCUGUAUGGCUUGCGAAUGUUACAGCAGCUCUAUGUGAGCCAGAAUGCUAUCGAGAGGAUCAGCCCUGACGCAUGGGAGUUCUGCCAGAGACUGUCUGAACUGGAUUUGUCCUAUAACCAGCUGACCCGCCUUGAUGAAUCUGCCUUUGUGGGUUUGAGUUUCCUAGAGAGAUUGAAUUUAGGGGACAAUAGAGUCACUCAUAUUGCUGAUGGUGUAUUUAGGUUUCUUUCCAAUCUUCAAACACUAGAUUUGAGAAACAAUGAAAUUUCAUGGGCCAUAGAAGAUGCUAGUGAAGCCUUUGCUGGACUCAAAAGUCUCACUAAAUUAGUCUUGCAAGGAAACCAAAUUAAGUCAAUUACUCAGAAAGCAUUCAUUGGUCUUGAAUCCCUUGAGUAUUUAGAUUUGAACAACAAUGCUAUAAUGUCUAUCCAAGAAAAUGCUUUUUCUCAGACUCACUUAAAGGAGCUUGUUCUGAACACAAGCAGUUUGCUCUGUGAUUGUCAUUUGAAGUGGCUACUUCAGUGGCUGGUGGAUAACAACUUUCAUCAUUCUGUGAAUGUAAGCUGUGCACAUCCUGAAUGGUUAGCUGGGCAAAGCAUCCUGAAUGUGGACCUGAAAGAUUUUGUCUGUGAUGAUUUUCUGAAGCCUCAGCUAAGGACACAUCCUGAAAGCACAGUUGCUCUAAGAGGUGUUAAUGUGACUCUGACGUGCACUGCGGUAAGCAGCAGUGAUUCACCCAUGUCCACUGUAUGGCGCAAGGACAGUGAAAUCCUGUAUGAUGUGGAUAUCGAGAAUUUUGUUCGUUAUCGGCAGCAGGCUGGAGAAGCUCUGGAAUAUACUAGUGUCUUACACCUCUUCAAUGUGAACUUCACAGAUGAAGGGAAAUACCAGUGUAUUGUUACUAAUCACUUUGGCUCUAAUUAUUCGCAGAAAGCCAAACUGACUGUGAAUGAGAUGCCCUCUUUUCUGAAAACUCCGAUGGAUCUAACUAUUCGCACUGGUGCCAUGGCCAGAUUAGAAUGUGCGGCAGAGGGGCACCCUGCACCUCAGAUUUCCUGGCAGAAAGACGGUGGUACUGACUUUCCUGCAGCCCGAGAAAGACGAAUGCAUGUCAUGCCUGAGGAUGAUGUCUUCUUCAUUGCCAACGUUAAGAUAGAAGACAUGGGAAUCUACAGCUGCAUGGCACAGAACAUAGCUGGAGGCCUCUCAGCGAAUGCCUCCCUCAUUGUGUUAGAGACACCGUCAUUUAUUAGACCUCUGGAGGACAAGACCGUCACCCGAGGCGAAACGGCAGUGUUGCAGUGCAUAGCUGGAGGGAGUCCUGCUCCUCGCCUCAACUGGACCAAAGACGAUGGACCACUCCUAGUAACAGAACGACACUUCUUUGCUGCAGCCAAUCAGCUUCUCAUCAUUGUAGAUGCUGGCUUAGAAGAUGCUGGAAAAUAUACCUGCAUUAUGUCUAACACUCUUGGGACAGAGCGGGGACAUAUUUACUUAAACGUCAUUUCAUCCUCCAAUUGUGACUCUUCUCAGAAUAGCAUUGGACAUGAGGAUGAUGGUUGGACCACAGUUGGCAUUGUCAUCAUUGUGGUGGUCUGCUGUGUGGUGGGCACGUCUUUGAUCUGGGUCAUUGUAAUCUACCACAUGAGAAGGAAAAAUGAAGACUAUAGUAUCACAAAUACAGAGGAACUUAAUUUGCCUGCAGACAUUCCCAGCUAUCUGUCUUCCCAAGGAACACUGUCUGAACCGCAGGAAGGCUACAGCAACUCUGAGGCCGGCAGUCAUCAGCAGCUUAUGCCUCCUGCCAACGGAUACGUACACAAGGGCACCGACGGUGGCACCAGUACCCGGGUGAUCUGUUCAGAUUGUUAUGACAAUGCCAACAUCUACUCGAGGACCCGAGAAUACUGUCCGUACACCUAUAUUGCUGAGGAGGAUGUUUUAGACCAGACCCUGUCCAGCCUCAUGGUUCAGAUGCCCAAAGAGACAUUUUUGUCAAAUCCUCCCCAAGAUGCUACUACUCUGGAGAGUCUGAUACCAUCAGCAGAGAGAGAGCUGUCUACCUUUCCCACCAACCAUGAGAGGAUGAAUGAGAAGCUUCCCUUCUCACAGAUGAGCAGUGAAAUAUUCCAGCGGCCGCUGUGGAACAUGAACAGAGAACUAGGCCUGCUUCCCUUUCCCCAGCAGCCUGUCCUUGACUCACCACAGCUUCAGCGACAUGAGGGCCUGGCAGAGAGGGAUCCAAACUGCUCUUCCCCUGUGUCCUGCCACAGGUUACAUGACCACACUUUCGAUUUUAGUAGGACUCGGAACAUUCAAGAUGGUAGUGAAGGCACAUGAAGCCCAUUCAGGAGGAAGUCUGAGCAGAAACUCAAGUUAGUUAAUUUACUACCUCAGAGUUGAGAAGAACCCCCAAAGUCAGCACUUGCAUUACUCUUUGCUUCGAAUUAUAUCUGACCACCCCAAAGUAGCCCUGAUGUUUGGGCUUACACCGUUGAAGAAAAGUUAGUGGCUGACAGAUGUACCACAGAAAUGUGUACCGUGUUGAGAGUACACAGCCCUGGGGAAGACGAUAUGGGCAAGCAUCCCUCCAGAUGGCCCCACAGGGAUGUGCCCAGGUGUGCACCGCCCGUCAUGAAGAGUGUCGUUGCUGCUUAGCCUGCUGGAUUGCCCGGUCCUCAGAAUGGUCAUGGGAAAGCAUCACUACUUUGACAUUCUACUUGGCCUUCCAAGUUAGGAGCAGAGAUACCUUCUGAGCUCUCCUAACUCCGACUGGGAUUCUCCUGUGGUGUUGAACAGAGAAUGGAGGCUGAGGCUUUGAUAUUCAAGGUCUUCAGCUAGAAUCCAAGUUUUGCUGACUGGUACCAGAGCAAAGGCUUUUGUAUUCUUGUGUGUGUAUAUGCGCGUGCGUGCGUGCGUGCGUGCGUGCGUGCGUGCGUGCGUGCGUGCGUGCGUGCGUGUGUGUGUGGGGGGGGUAUGUUUGUUUUGUCCCUAUAACCAGGGAUGUCAUUGUAAAUAUAUGUGCAUUUAUAAAUAAUUUUUCUACUCAU